UUUAAAUUAUCAUAAUCUCUUAACAAUCCUUAAUUGGACGGGGCCGUCCACACGAAAACAAGCGCGCCGCAAACUCAGUGCACAUUGGCAUAAGAUCCCUUACACGUUCUCAUCGUGUCGCGAUCGCACGUUCAACUUAACAUUUUAUAAUAAAAUUAAAAUACUUGUCUUAGUAAUUUGAUGUCCAUUAUAGUGUUAAUUUAAAAUUAUAGUUUACGGAACACCAAUAAUUUUUGUUCCAUUUUAAUGUGAUUUAAAUUUUUUCGAUUUUGUUAUUAUAACUUUACUAAUUACGUGCAAAUAUGUACCGACUGUUGAUAUUGUGUUUGUGCUGCGGUUUCCUGAAUCAUGCAUCAUCGUCACCUACAGAGGAUACAACUCCAUUGAUGUACGAAAACUGUGAUAAUUUGCAACCCAAGGAUAAUAUUAAGAUUCAAAAGAUUACUGGUGAAUGGUAUGUAAUCAAAGUUUUUCAACACCAAACAGACAAAAGACUAUACCACGGAGAAAACUACGAAGUGUCUACAUGCCCUACUAUACGUAUAACGUAUGUGAGAUAUGAUUCAGAAUUAAGAUUAUACUGGGAAGAAUCUAUAGGCAAUAUUGAAUAUCGGUUUAAAGUUAACGAAAAAUCGAAUCCUGGCUCGUGGAUGUCGUCUGGAGCGCAAAAUGGUUCGCUAUUGCAGUUAACGAGUUACAGCCAGUUCGCAGGUACGGUGUAUGUCAUGGAGGCGGUAAACGACUAUAUGGUGUUGACGUUCUGUUCGCCUAAUACGCAAUUUUACAGUAUGAUACUGGCCAGGAAGAUGGUUAUGGACACCAAAGACUUGAGGAGCAUUACAAAUAACAUUACCGAGCUUAAGCUACCUAUCACGCAAACGAAACGCACGUGUCGGAGCUCAUCGUCCAUCAUGCAGAACUCGAUGUGGCUCGUAGCAACGUUCUGUUUAUCGCAUAUAUAUCUCCGUGCGGCCAUAUUUUAAUAGAAUGAAAUAAAAAUUGGAAAAAGCCUAUGCGUCCCAAUAUUGCUCUCGU